AUGACGACUGAACCGUAUAGAUUAUCGGCGACACAGGCAUCGGCCAAGAUUCGAACCGGAGACUUGACUGUUGAGGAAUAUGCCCGCUCUCUGCUGUCCCAUAUCGAGAAAAGAGACCCCGUCGUGAAAGCAUGGGAGCAUAUCAACCCGGAGCAGGUCAUCGCACGAGCUAAGGAGCUUGAUGCGAUACCGCCAGAGAAGCGCGGCCCUCUGCAUGGGGUUGCGAUUGCUGUCAAGGACGUUAUCUACACCAAGGGUUAG